AUGAACCACACGGUGAUCACAGAGUUUGUCCUCUUAGGCCUUUCCGAUAAUCCCGACCUUCAGGUUGUGAUUUUCCUCUUUUUAUUUGUCACAUAUGUAUCAAGUGUCACUGGAAACCUGACCAUCAUCACCCUGACCCUGGUGGACUCCCAUCUACAGACGCCAAUGUAUUUCUUCCUCCGGAACUUCUCUUUCUUAGAAAUCUCCUUUACUACUGUAUGCAUCCCCAGAUUUCUGGGCGCCAUUAUCACCAGGGAUGAGACUAUUUCUUAUAACAACUGUGCGGCUCAACUCUCUCUCUUUAUUUUCAUGGGUGUGACGGAGUUUUACAUUCUAACUGCCAUGUCCUAUGACCGCUAUGUUGCCAUCUGCAAGCCUCUUCAUUACACGACCAUCAUGAACAGGAAACUCUGCAUCCUGCUUGUGCUCUGUGCGUGGCUGGGCGGGUUUCUGACCAUUUUCCCUCCCCUUAUGCUUCUCCUCCAGCUGGAUUACUGUGCUUCCAAUGUCAUUGACCACUUUGCAUGUGACUAUUUCCCCCUUUUGCAAUUGUCUUGCUCAGAUACAUGGCUCCUAGAAGUAACCGGUUUUUACUUUGCUUUGGUUACCUUGCUGUUCACUUUGGCCCUAGUGAUUUUAUCUUAUAUGUACAUUAUCAGGACUAUUUUGAGAAUCCCAUCUGCCAAUCAGAGAAAAAAGGCUUUCUCCACCUGUUCCUCUCACAUGAUUGUCAUUUCCAUCUCUUAUGGAAGCUGUAUAUUCAUGUAUGCUAAUCCCUCGGCCAAAGAAAAGGCAUCACUGACAAAAGGAGUAGCUAUUCUCAACACCUCUGUUGCCCCCAUGCUGAACCCCUUCAUCUACACCCUGAGAAACCAGCAAGUAAAACAAGCCUUCAAAGACAUGGUCUAUAAAGCAGUAUUUUCUGCAAAGAAAUGA